CCGGGCGGCCGGGAGGAAGCGCCGCGGGCAGGGACGGGGGAGCGGCACUGCCGGAGCGCGGGGAGGGGGACCGGCACCGCGGGGCCAGCCGCGCCGGCGGAGCCGGGGGGAAAGAUGAGCUUGUUGUCAACCAUCGACACCAGCGCCGCGCCCGUGUACCAGCCCGCCCAGCUCCUCAACUGGGUCUAUCUCUCGCUGCAAGACACGCACCAGGCCAGCGCCUUCGAUGCCUUCAGACCCGAGCCCUCCUCGUCCCAGCACCCCGACCUCGGCUACACCAAGAGCACCCCGGAGCUGGGCUCCUCGCUCAGCUCCAGCUAUCUCAACAGCUUCUUCCAGCUCCAGCGGAGCGAGGCUCUGAGCAGCAGUCUCUACAAGAGUGCAUCACCUUAUGGCUCUCUUAAUAACAUUGUGGAUGGGUUAAGCUCCCUCACUGAGCAUUUCUCUGACCUGUCCCUUUCUUCAGAAGCCAGAAAACCCAGCAAGAGGCCACCUCCUAACUACCUGUGCCACCUCUGCUUUAACAAGGGACACUACAUCAAAGACUGCCCCCAGGCUCGUCCAAAAGGAGAAGGCCUGACACCAUACCAGGGCAAGAAACGCUGCUUUGGUGAAUAUAAGUGCCCCAAGUGCAAGAGAAAAUGGAUGAGUGGAAACUCCUGGGCUAACAUGGGACAAGAAUGUAUCAAGUGCCACAUUAAUGUUUAUCCUCACAAACAGAGACCCCUGGAAAAGCCGGAUGGCCUGGAUGUGUCAGACCAGAGCAAAGAACAUCCUCAGCAUCUGUGUGAGAAGUGCAAAGUUUUGGGCUACUACUGCCGCCGUGUGCAAUAAACCUUCCAAGUGGCCUCUUCCCAUCCCCAUCAUCCCGAGAGAUUCUCUGGCAGCAUGCGAUCAACAGCAGCACAACAGAUCAAGAUAAAAGCUAAAAUAAUUGCCAAUAUUGCCUAUCUAAUAAUAUGCCUUACCAUUAAUAGAAUGUAACAUUUCUCCUGUGCAUGUGUAUGCAUGCAAUAGGUAUUUACAGGACUAUGAUUUGUAUACAUAUAUAUGUAAAUUUAUAUAUGUACACACAUAAAGUGUUACUGAUGAUGUUCACAACAGAACUACAGUUACAGGUUCUGCUGAUUGUUUACACAGACUCUAUAUCACAGCCAGGUGAAAUGAAGUACUUUUCAAAAGGCAAGGAAUGAUAUGCACGAGGAAUAUUUGUUACAUGCAUGGCUUUUGCAGAGGUUCAGUAACUGUGGGGCCACUAAUUGUAAGCACUCACCCACAACACGAACACUGUUCUUAUUAUAUGACAAGACAAAGGAAGAUGAAACAAGUCACAGCAUAAAAGGGGAAUUACUGCUUUCCCAGUUAUAGAAAGUCUUAAGAGUUUUGUGCUGCUGAUUUCUUGGACUUUUUUCUAUUUGUUACCAUCCCUUGGGCAGGGCUCAGGCAAAAAAUUUUUAAAGGACAUGGAAAAAAAGUUAAUAAUUGUUUGAGGGGUGUGGGUUGGGUAGGAAGGGAAUGCCAUAAGAUUCCAAGAGGUUUUUGGAAGAGACAAAAUUGGCUUGCUUAUGCAACUACCAGAUCCUUCUCUUGUCAUAUAAUCCCACUGACAUGGCCCCUUCUAUGUGCAUGGUGUGUUCAUUAGACAACAAGCACACUAAAUUUACUAUGAAUAAGGGGAUAAGAAUACUUUAAACUGACCCCAAUGCCCUUAACUGAAAGAUUAGCCAAACUUACUAUUUAUAGUAGUUUAAAAGACACUUUCUGGAAAUAUUUUUAUGUCCUGUUUUCUACUAUAGAAAUUUGUUAUAAUAUGAAACAUGUUAGCCAUAGGGGUGUUUUAAGGCAUGGAGAGCACUCUACAUAACUCUCUUUCUUUAUGUCUUCCUGAAGAAGACCUACAUACCUGGGGAGAAAUUUUGGAAUUAUAUUUCAUUGUCCCAUUUCAGGUAGAGCUUUGCACAGGGACAGCCUGCUGCAAAGAACAUCUUGUUAGGGAUUGGCAAAUAUAAACUGAAAAUACCUCGAGACAGUAUCCUGUUUGUAUGUCUACAUGAGAGUACAUUGGCAAAAGGACACAACAAGCAAUUAAUUUGUAGUGUUCACUAAAAAAAAUAGAGGCAUAAUGUUUGAGAUUGAGGGGGUUACAUCAGCAAUUUACAUUUUUAUCAAGUUUCCUUUAGGGAGAUUGAUUUGUGUGAAUGAUACUUAGAGAAAACACUUUAAAUCCUAAAUAACUUGAUGUGAACUAAACGUAAUGCAAAGACAGUGGGGGAUUUAUGCCAAGUGAUAACAGGAUGUUACCAGUAUGUCAAGACAAGAUUUUAUAAAGAAAGUAGAAAACCUGUCAUGAGCAUUCACCUAGGGAACGUGAAGCUUCUGACAAUUUGUUGCAGGGUCAAACUCUUGCCAUUUCCCCACUUUGCUCUAAGCAGGGCAAAAUUGCAUCUGCUUGUUCAAGGGGAGUGGCAUGUACAUAUCUUGCAAACUCCAUUAUUUAUGGGCAGCCCAAGUGACCCAGCCUGCUGAUCACAGCAAUGGCUUCUGACCACAGCUCUCCCAUAGCUCCCUGAUUUUGGGCAAGUCACAAGAUCCUUCUGGACCUCAGUUUCCCCAACUGCAAAAAGGGGGUAAUAAUACUUUAGUAUACCUACCUCACAGGAGAGUUGUGAGGUUUACUUAAUAUCUCUUAAGUAUUUUGGCAUCACUAGAUGAAAAAUGGUGUGUAAUGCUAAAAUAGAAUUAACUAAAUUAAUCACUUGGAGACUACUUCUGCCCUGUUAGCAACUCCAACUAAAAUAGGUGAAAAUAUUAUUGAAAGUAACACUAAUAAACAGUUCCGUUUGCUCAGUGAAAAUACGGAGUUUUAGCAUUUUCAAAUGAAAACACAUUCUUUUGCACAGAUUCACAAAUUAACUUAGAGACAAAUUCUCUCAGCAAAGAUACUAAUCUCUCUGUACAAGUAAGAAAAUACACAAGCAAAUCUAGGGGUGGAUUUUCUAAGCUUGACCUCUAGGAUUAAUCUCAAUAGAUUGUUUCAAGCAUGAGUAAUUUUGAAAGAGCAGCAUUUUAAACCAGAUGAGCACUUAAUAGUACAGGAACAAAAAAAAAAUCACCUAGCUGGUUUACAUCUAGCUAAAGAACAUGUAGAAAAAACAGUUAGAUGAAGAUAAGGGAAAACAUUAUUUUAUUUUCUCCCUGAAACCAAGAUGUUGCUAUCAAACAUUUUGUUCAGUAUUGAAAUAAUCUCCCUGUUAUGAAAACCACUAAAACCAGUAAAAUAGCACAAGUCUUUAUAUAGCUGUAUUACUAUAUCACACACCAGCAGGCUUUGACAAAAAGGUGACUAAAAGAUGCAUUGGUAUUUUCAUGACAGUGCCCUAUUAAGAAUUGUUUAUCCAGAUUCAACACUGCCAAGCAAUGCCUUUAGCUUAUGGAUUUUUAGAUUGUACUAAAAAUACACAUGAUCUCCCUUAAAACAACGUCUAUAGGUGUAGCAUAAUUCUUGAGAGCAUACUUAUGAGAGCUCAUAUUAUUGAUGUGUUCCUAGGCAGAAGACAUAUCAAGUAUUUAAGUGAUACUUAGCAUAUCUCUAAUAAAGAGGAGAAAUUUCCCCCUGCCCUGGCGGUGGGGGAAAGCAGAUGAAGAACAGAACGUGUGGAAAAGCAAAGAGCAAUAAUGCUUUUUUUGUUGUUUUUGUUUUGUUGGGUUUUUUUUGUUUUGUUUGUUCUGCCUAAGGCAGAGGCACCGGGACCUCCUCCCUGCCCAGGCUGGAGCCGCCUCCCUAAACCGGGCUUGGCAAGGCAGGAGCCCAGCUCGGCCCAGGGGAUCCCUCUGUGCCUCCCCGCAGGACUCACUCCACACUGGAGUCUGUGCAGCUGGGGUGGCUGGGAAAACACAUCCACAUAAGUAAUUGUGUAGAACAGUUUAUGACCAUUGGCUUUUAGUGGCACAGAGGAGACAUUUCUAAAUUUUUAUUUCAAUGGAAAAAAAGAAUGAUUGAUUAUAAAAUAUAGAUUACUUCUGCUCCCUGCCUCCCCACUCAAAGGUAAUUCACCUAUAGAUGUAAUCAGCUCUUUCCAAAUCAGAAAAAAAAAAUUGUUAAGGUGCAGAUUUUUGACUGGAAAAAUGAGGGACUGAUUUAUCUUUUAGAUUUUAGUGACUGCUUUCUGAUGUUUUCUAACUAGCUCUGCAUUGAGAGCAUCAGCUAGCAAUCAUUGAAGGCAUUAGUAGACAGUAUUGGCAGGAGUGAAGCAAGCAUAAAAAGAGUUUUAAAUCAAUACAGGCCUCCCUAAACUGAGUAUUGUUUAGGGGUGUAUCUGAGAGCAGUUUGGCUCUGUGCAUUUAUUUGGCAAACUGGAUUUUCAACCCCCAAUGCUUGCUGUUGACAGCCCAUCAAUAGAUCCUGUCCUAUUCAAUUUUUUUUUUUAUUUGCACCUUUUCAGAUUUUUUUUAAUCUUCCAUUUAUUUCUUUAAAAGCAACAAAAACCAAUCAAACACCCCACAGUUUGUUUCAUGAGUUGGUCAUAACAUUUCAUAUCUAAUUUGGAAUGGGCACACUUCUGGAAAAAUAUUCGAGUAAUUUGAAAUGUGUGUUAUAGGUUUUUAGCUGCUUUAACCUAAUGAGGCUACAAUGAAGCUAUUACAAGUACUUCAUUUAAAGGUGAUGAAGAAAUAUCUUAGUAGUUUAAAGGGUGGCCCCAUUUAGCCAGUUCCUACUGCUGCUACUACAGAUGUAAAAUGAUGCCACACAAGCAAAAUUUGAGGCAUUUUUGUCUCAAAGUUGCUAUUUAAUUUCAGAUAAAUACACAAGAGUAUAUAUUAUUUGUGAAAAUAGGUGUAUUUUGAAGUUCCCCAUUAUAUGGGACUUAGUUUUUAAACAAAAAAUGUGAAGUUACAUAUGUCUGAGAGAGGCCUCAUACCUAGAAGUAUUAGCUACAUUUUACCUUUUUGUAUAACAUGAAAUUUAGAUUAUACAUGAAUUGCAUACCUGUGAGACUAGCGUUUUUAAAAAAAAACCCGAAACCUACUUAAAACAUCAAAAGUUUAGAGCUUUUGGAAAUGUCAGACUUCAUAGAUUAGUGGUCUUUGUCCUGCAGUCACAUAGAAGAUUAUUUUUGUCCUAUUCUGGAUCCUAAGAGUUAUCCACUGAACAGUAAGCAAUAAAUCAUCAACACGUGUUUUUCAAGUUAAGUCAAUAGACAUAUAUUUUCCACUUGCUUUUGCCAACAUAUUUUAAAAUGUGAUUGAACUAUCCCCCAUAGGAAAAUCAUUCUUUCAGAUAUCACUCCACUCCCAACUGGGCUUCCACCCAUAUCUCUUUCUUAUCUGCAAAACCAGUGCUGUCCAUUGAGUUUGCUGUAUCGCUCAAGUGCUCAGAGGGCUGUUUGAGAUCUUAGAUAUAGGGAUGAUGGAUUGUGUUUCUAGGAUGAAUUUCAAAGGGACAAUCGUGUGCAGUUACUAGCUAUAGAUGAUUGAUAUAAAUGUUUACCCCUGUAUGAAGUAUUUUACAGUUUUACUUGCAGAUGUGUAUUUAUCUUGAGUUAUACUUGACAUAGAGUUUCUUUCAAUUUUUUUUUUUAAUACUAUGUGUGUAUUUUGGAAACCUUUUUAGAUGUUAAAAUUUUUGAAUGGUUACAAAUAUUUCUUAUAAUACUGAAUUGUUAUCUGGAAACUCUUUGCAGUAACUUUUUUGUAUAUAUUUGAGGGCCUUUUUAAAAAAGUAUUGUUUGUUUUUUGGGCAAAGUUUUUACAAUUGGGAAGCUUUCAGAAGGGCCUUCCUCUCAUCUAGGAUACUAACAGAGGUAAGAGUUUUCUUAAGUAUUUUGCAGUAUUUUGCAGAACUAAGGAUGUAUCCUCAAGAAAAUAUUUAUGGAAAUAAUUUACUUUUUUUUUUACAAUGCUUUUGUCUGUAUAAAGUAUGCAACAGAACUACAUUAAGAAGGAAAUAUUGUCUACAUAAAAUAUUAUAUGAAAGUUGGUACAUAAUUCUGACAAAAAACCUUGCGAUUCUUUAAGCCAUAUUGUUUUUGUUAUCCUUGGAUGAAAAUAUCAGUAUUAAGUAACCAGUGUAUUAUUCAAGUGCUUAGACUUAUAUGAAAAUGCUUAUAUGGUUUAUUUAUGUGUAUUUGGGGAACGAGUGCUAGAAAAGCUAUCACUAGACAUGUAGCAAGUGAGGAGCAAAUAACAGUAUACUGUCACUUUAUGGCCUUGUGAGAGACACAAAGGUGUUGAAAGCACCGUGGAGACUCGGCUUUCAGAAACUCCGAAGCACAAGUGGUGGUUUCAAAUGGUGGCUCUUUCCUUCCCCAUGGCUAGAGGGGAAGAAAGUUGGUUGGGACAUUGUUUAACUUGACUUUCACAACUCUUUGCAGACUGUGAGCUCAGCUAUGCAGUAUCAUCUACAGCAAUAAUAUCAAUCAAAGGAUGUAAGAGAAAAGGAUUGAAGUAGAUUAUUGUAGGGGUUUACGUUUAUUUUAAUUAGAACUCAUAGCAAUAUAGAAUAUGCAUGUGCACGUACUCGAAGCAUUUUACACUUUACAUUUCAUGUAGUUUGAUUAUAUUAUGAAGGAUUGAGUUUUUAGUUUGAUAUUUUACCAUGCUAAAAUGGGAGGUCUGCCCAGCCCUAUACUGGAUUCUUGUUUCCUUUAAAAGGUUAUUUAGUACAGCACUCACUGCAUUGUGUAAUAGUGCUAAAACUAACACUAUUUUAUGAAUUUCUUCAGCUUUAAAAAAAUUAACCUAAUGAUUAUUACAUUUGUUAAACUGUACCCACUGACCUUGUCAGAUUCAGUUGGCAAAUUGUGUAAUUUCUUUUUCUGUAACUGUUAAUAAACUUGUACAGCUAAAACAAACAAAACCUAUGGACAAAGGCCUCAGAGGUACCAGUUUUGUUUCAGCAAUCAAGAUGACAGCUUGCUCAUCUGGUGACUUUGUUGCUACCAAGACUGUAAAAUCUCUGUUGUGGAUUGUCCAUAAAAUGGCAUUCCGACAUGUGCCUUAUUUGCUGGAUAGUACACAGCUUUCCUCUAGUAUUCUAGCAUUUUAAUGCUGUAUUAAAGUAUUGCAAAAAAACCA